AUGAUGGUUGAGAAACCCCUCGGCGGGGCAAGCAUUUCUUACACCACCAAAAACGUCAUCGCACCUCAUUUGCUCUCGUCUUUUGCUCUUGGCCGCCCGCCCAAUCGGCUCGAGUCGAUUUUCCAUCAAAUCCCCCUCCUCCACGAACCCAGCCCACCAAUUCCAACUCAAAACACCCUCCAACCCCCGGAAAUGUCUCUCACCAACGCAACGGCAGAAGCCGCCGCCAAGGAGGCAAAGACGGCGUCGUUCGCACUCGCCUCGCUGCCGGCCUCGGCGCGCAACGCAGCCCUCGAUGCCAUCCACGCCGCCCUCUCCGCCUCCAGAGACGACAUCCUGGCCGCCAACGCCCGCGACCUGGAGCUCGCAAAGAAGGCCGCCGCCGACGGCGCUCUCAGCGAGGCUCUCGUCUCCAGGCUCGACCUCGGCAAAAAGGGCAAGUGGGAGGACAUGUUGAAGGGCAUCUUGGAUGUUCGGGAUUUGGAAGACCCAGUUGGAAAAAUUCAAUUGCGGACCAAGCUCGACGACGACUUCAUCCUCGAGAGGGUUUCCUGUCCCAUUGGCGUCAUCCUCAUCAUCUUUGAGGCGCGUCCCGAAGUCAUUGCCAACAUCGCCAGCCUGGCUGUCAAAUCUGGAAACGCCGCCAUUCUCAAAGGUACGUUGUGCGCCCACACAAAGGAGGAACCUUUUUUUACUUUUCUUGCUCAUGCGACCAAUGCAGGCGGCAAGGAGUCCACCGAGUCGUUCGUCGCCAUCUCCAAGGUCAUUUCGUCGGCCCUCGCAGAGACAGAGGUCCCCAACGGGGCGAUCCAGCUCGUCACCACCCGCGACGCAAUCGCCCAGCUCCUCGCCCAGGACCGCUACAUCGACCUCGCCAUCCCCCGCGGCUCCAACGAGCUCGUCCGCUACAUCAAGGGGUCGACCAAGAUCCCCGUGCUCGGCCACGCGGACGGCCUCUGCGCCAUGUACCUGGCCGCCAGCGCCGACCCGGAAAAGGCCGCGACCGCCGACGCGGCCCUCGGCACCUCGUUCCCCGGCGUGGCCGCCGCCCUCGCCGCCAGGGGCGUGUCGCUGCGCUGCGACCCGGCCAGCAAGGCGGCCCUGGCGUCCCUCGCCGGCGCCGACGUCGUCGACGCCACCGACGCCGACUUUGACACCGAGUUCCUGGGCCUGACCCUCGCCGUCAAGACGGUGUCGGGCGUCGCCCAGGCCAUCGAGCACAUCAACACCCACGGCUCGCACCAUACCGACUCCAUCCUCACCGCGGACGCUGCCGAGGCCGAGCGCUUCAUGAACCAGGUCGACUCGGCCGGCGUGUACUGGAACGCCUCGACGCGCGUGGCAGACGGCAUGCGGUACGGCUUCGGCACCGAGGUCGGCAUCAGCACCAACAAGAUUCACGCCCGUGGUCCCGUCGGCCUCGAGGGCCUCACCAUCUACAAGUACAAGAUUAGGGGGGACUACCAGGCCACCGCUGCCUAUGGCGACGGAGAGGGCAAGCGGCCGUGGAAGCACGAAAAGUUGUCUAUUGACUAG